CAGCCUUAAAGCUUUGAGAGCAUCCUCAAACAAAAAACAUCAUCUACCCUCUCCAUCACAAUAUACCCCGAACUUGGCAAAACAUCAAGUUUUGUCGGUGCAGACGGAUUGUGCGUCAAACCACGGUGGUCGGAAAGCAACACGCGUACUUUUUGCCUUCGCCUUUUCGUUUUCGCCCUUUCGUUUUCCCCCUCGACAUCUACGAGCGCUACUUUUCGGCAUCUGCUAUUUUGCAAGUGCCUUCUACCUUCUUCUAGCAGGCUUCCUGGUAUCUUGGACCCCGCAUAUCGCUAUAAUCAAAUUUAGACAUUCUUUUUUUUUUCUUCGAUAUCCUCACCUAAUCACAAAGCUCUUUCAUGAUUGCGGUCCGUCACGCGUAAGGCCGUUCCUACCAACCGGACGUCGCAUCCAGCCUCGAUUGCAAUACCGAUAGAUCCAAAUAGAGCUAGGCUUGCAUCAUGGCGGACUACGAGGAAGGCUACGAGUACGAGGAGGAGUAUAGUGAUGAUAACACUAUUACUCCAGAAGACUGCUGGACUGUUAUCGGCUCCUACUUCAAGAGGAAGGGCUUAGUUUCCCAACAGAUCGACUCUUUCAAUGAUUUCCAAGAAACAACCAUUCAAGAAUUGAUCGAGGAAUACUCACAGAUCAGCGUCGAUGAACCCAGUCCCAACUCCAAUGAUGCCCGAACCGUCGCACUCCGUCGAUAUGACCUCAAACUUGGGCAUGUGACCAUUGCUCGUCCCGUCGCUAUGGAAAGCGACAACACUUCGGGUCCUCUCCUUCCUUAUGAAUGUCGCGAUCGAAAUAUGACGUAUGCAGCACCGAUCUAUGUGAAAGUAGAUAGUAAAGUAACCGUCUGUAUCGAACAAGACAUUCCCCUCCACGAGAUGGACGAGGAGCAGCAGGCCGAGGCGCACAGUACUGGGAAGCACCCGACUCGCUUGAUUUGGGAGGAAGACACCAACGUGUUAGACUCGGAGGGUGGCCAGAGCAAGACUAGUGAUCAAGUUUUUAUUGGCAAGCUCCCGAUUAUGGUGAAGUCCAAGGCAUGCCAUUUGAGCGGCGAGACUGAAGAUGAUCUAUUUUUGUUGAACGAGUGCCCCUACGACCAAGGUGGCUAUUUCAUUAUCAACGGAAGCGAGAAGGUUCUCAUCGCCCAGGAACGUUCCGCUGCGAAUAUUGUUCAGGUUUUCAAGAAGGCUCAGCCAAGUCCGUUUUCUUACACGGCCGAGAUUCGAAGUGCUCUCGAGAAGGGCUCGCGGCUCAUUUCGUCUCUUAUGCUAAAACUAUAUACCAAGGGUGACGCCUCUAGAGGAGGAUAUGGCGAGACCAUCCACACCACUCUCCCAUUCGUCAGGGCUGACCUACCGAUCGCCAUUGUCUUUAGGGCUCUAGGUGUUGUUAGUGACGAAGAGAUUUUAAACCAUAUUUGCUACGACCGCAAUGACAGCCAGAUGCUUGAGAAGCUACGCCCUUGCAUCGAAGAAGCAUUUUGUAUUCAAGACCGCGAAGUGGCAUUAGACUACAUUGGAAAGCGUGGAAGGCAGUCUCACAAUGUAGCACGCGAUCGUCGUGUUAGAGCUGCGAAGGAUAUCUUGCAGAAAGAGAUGCUUCCGCAUAUCUCCCAAACCGAAGGUUGCGAAACGAGAAAGGCCUUUUUCCUGGGCUAUAUGGUUCACAAGCUCCUUCAAUGCGCUCUCGGUCGACGUGACACCGACGAUCGCGAUCACUUCGGUAAGAAGCGUCUUGACCUUGCAGGCCCCCUCCUUGCGAAGCUAUUCCGGAAUAUUGUUCGUCGGUUAGUCCAGGAGAUCACAAAUCACCUCAAACGCUGUAUCGAUUCGGGCAGGCGUUUCCAGAUUGAGCUCGCCGCCAAGCCUGCCAUUGUAACUAAUGGGCUGAAGUACUCUCUCGCCACAGGCAACUGGGGUGAUCAGAAGAAGGCGAUGAGCUCGACAGCUGGUGUAUCGCAGGUUCUGAACCGAUACACGUUCGCCUCGACUCUUUCUCAUUUAAGGCGUACGAACACGCCUAUUGGAAGAGACGGGAAACUCGCGAAGCCUCGACAACUUCACAAUACCCAUUGGGGUCUGGUCUGUCCGGCCGAAACGCCCGAGGGCCAAGCUUGCGGGCUGGUAAAAAAUCUGUCGCUUAUGUGCUCUAUCAGCGUGGGUACGUCAACAGAUCCUAUCGUAGACUAUAUGAUUACUAGGAAUAUGGAAGUCUUGGAGGAAUAUGAACCGAUGAGAUACCCUAAUGCCACCAAGAUCUUCCUUAACGGAUCUUGGAUCGGUGUGCACCAGGAUCCCAAGUCUCUAGUUAGAGACGUCCAGCAGCUUCGUCGGGCCAACCAGAUCCCCUCUGAAGUAUCGCUGGUUCGCGAUAUCCGUGAUCGCGAAUUCAAGAUCUUCUCGGAUGCUGGUCGUGUCAUGCGGCCCUUAUUUGUUGUGCAGCAAGAGGAUAAUCCCGAGGCUGGUACUACGAAGGGCUCGCUAGCUCUCACUAAAGAGAUGAUCCAGAGGCUAGAAGCAGAUGUCGAACUAGACCCUGAAAGCGAGGAGUACUUUGGCUGGCAAGGUCUAGUCAACGAGGGUGUUAUCGAGUACCUCGAUGCCGAGGAAGAAGAAACGGCCAUGAUUUGCAUGACCCCCGAAGAUUUAGAAACCUACCGGAUGAGCAAGCUCGGAUACGAUGUGUCUCAGGAUAAUGGAGAUGAGAUUAAUAAGCGGCUCAAGACUAAGGUCAAUCCUACGACGCACAUGUAUACGCAUUGUGAGAUCCAUCCCAGUAUGCUCCUGGGUAUCUGCGCGAGUAUUAUUCCCUUCCCGGACCACAAUCAGUCUCCCAGAAACACGUACCAGUCGGCUAUGGGUAAACAAGCCAUGGGAUUUUAUCUUACCAACUACAACCGCCGUAUGGACACUAUGGCGAACAUUCUCUACUACCCCCAGAAGCCGUUAGGUACGACUCGUUCUAUGGAGUUCUUAAAGUUCCGAGAACUUCCGGCUGGUCAAAAUGCCAUUGUGGCUAUUGCCUGUUACUCGGGAUACAACCAGGAAGACUCUGUAAUCAUGAACCAGAGCAGCAUAGACCGAGGUCUCUUCCGAAGUCUCUUCUUCCGAUCGUACAGCGACUGCGAGAAGCGGGUGGGUAUCAACACAGUGGAGACGUUUGAAAAACCAUUCCGGGCGGACACGCUACGUCUCAAACAAGGCACAUACGACAAGCUGGAUGAUGACGGUAUUGUCGCUCCCGGUGUCCGUGUCUUGGGAGAAGACAUCAUCAUCGGGAAGACGUCACCGAUCAAUCCCGACAACGAGGAGAUGGGCCAGCGCACCAAAGUGCAUGUCAAGCGUGACGCAUCUACGCCUCUUCGUAGCACCGAGACCGGUAUUAUUGAUUCCGUGAUUCUCACCACGAACCCCGACGGUUUACGCUACGUUAAAGUACGAGUUCGAACCACCAAGAUUCCUCAAAUCGGAGACAAGUUCGCUUCUCGUCACGGACAGAAAGGAACCAUCGGUGUCACGUUCCGACAGGAAGACAUGCCUUUUACCCGCGAAGGCAUCGUCCCCGAUAUCAUCAUUAACCCACACGCUAUUCCCUCGCGAAUGACUAUUGCUCACUUGAUCGAGUGUCUGCUUAGUAAAGUCUCCACCCUUAAGGGAAUGGAGGGAGACGCUACGCCUUUCACCGAUGUCACUGUUGACUCAGUGUCGAACCUCCUGCGUGAUCACGGAUACCAAUCUCGCGGCUUUGAGAUUAUGUAUCACGGUCACACGGGGCGCAAGCUGCGAGCCCAAGUCUUCUUCGGCCCGACGUACUACCAGCGUCUUAGGCACAUGGUAGACGACAAGAUCCACGCGCGUGCGCGUGGCCCCGUGCAGAUAAUGACCCGACAACCCGUCGAAGGUCGUGCCAGGGAUGGAGGUCUUCGAUUCGGAGAAAUGGAACGUGACUGUAUGAUAGCUCACGGUGCCGCCUCUUUCCUCAAGGAGCGUCUGUUCGAGGUUUCAGAUGCCUUCAGAGUCCACGUCUGCGAGAUUUGUGGUCUGAUGACUCCUAUUGCUAUAUUAAGCAAGGGUUCAUUUGAGUGCCGCCCAUGCAAGAACAAGACCAAGAUUGCACAGGUCCACAUCCCGUAUGCCGCCAAGCUUCUCUUCCAAGAGCUUCAGGCUAUGAAUAUUGGAACCCGCCUGUUCACCGACCGCUCUGGCGCUAGCAUCCGCUAAGAAUGGCCAUUGGCUUUACGAAGUCAGCAAGAGCUAGCAAAAGGGAGAGGGAGAGGGGAGGGUCCCGGUAAGAUGGCGGAUGACAUAGGGUCAAUUUUCCUCACCGGAUAUAAAAUGCAUAGGGCCGGCGUUGUCUUUUUUCCUCCAUGUAUUCGGCCGAAAUUCAUAAGUGAAGACGGCAGUUCUAGGUUUGCACGCGGGCGUCAAGGGUUGCGGGAUCAAUGCUUUUACGAUCAGAUGCCCGAAACUAUUAAUCUAUGCAGCUUAGGAGGGGUUUGUAGAAAAUGUAUUCGUACCGCUAUGAAUUCGAGAAUGAGUUAUUUAACAUGAUGACAAGAUUGAGUUAAUGCUCCUCCUGUGCUGCGAACCCUUAGACUAAUGCGUGAGGAUAUUACUAGAGCUUGGCGUUAUUCAUGUCUCCGCGAGAUUAUUUAUUCACAAUAGCAGCGAUAACAUACUGAUUUCUAAGUUAAAUACAUUUGAUUUCUAUUAAUGCG